CUCGUUUUCUUCCCCUUUGGUUUCGCCACCUACUUGCUGCGAAGCCGACCCAUGACCCGUUUUACCUGACUCUUCCCUUCCUCUGCAAUUUCAAGGCUUUUUGCUUGUAAUCUCUCUCUGACCGUUUGUCUGUGUGAAGAACCGUGUUUUAUUUCUCUGGAAAACCCAAUCAGCUGUUUCAGUUUCGUUCUUUUGUUUAUAUUAUUUUUAACGGAUUUUCUUGUUCUGGGAACCCACUUUUAGAUUGUGUGCCUAUAUAUCUCUGAUUUUUCUUUUGCUUGUUCUAGGCUAUCAAUUUUUCUUCUGUGAGUUCGUAAUUUUAUGAGUGUUUUGGUCUCCACUUCAUAUAUAGUGUUUCAAAGUCUUCAAUUAAAACCGGGUUCGUUGUAGUUUUUGUUUAAAAAUUCAUCCUUUACUGGUUAUAUAUCAAGAUUGGAUUUCAAUCUUAGCUGAAAAAUGUUGGCUCAGCAACAAAACCCGCAUGCGGUCUCGUACUCUCUGCAACAGCAGCAAAUUGAUUCGAAGGAAAUAAACAGUGAAGGUGAAGCAGAUGUUAAAACAUUCUCAAUAAGACAGUAUGCAUUUGCUUCCCGUCAGAAAAGUCUCCUCCAAAGCUGGCCAUUUCCGGAGAAAUACCUGCGAAUGUGUCUCGAUCGUGGUCUGAGAAAUGUGUUGCCACCUUUUGGGCUGCAUAAUAAUAACUCAGUUUGUGAAUCAUCACAUAAUGGGAUACCAAACUUGAACGAUUCUUGUGAUCAAGAUUAUGAUGAUAAGAAUGUUAGAGUUUUGAAAUUUGAAUCACCGGACCAUCAUCCCCUUGAACUGAAGAAGCAGAAUAUUAUAAACCACAGUGAUUCUGGUUUUCUGUCUAAUGAAGAAAGAUCAAAAGCUAUGAUGACCAGCCUGCAGGAAGAGGGUACGAUUCCACCUCCAGAUUGUUUUAAAAAUAGCAGCCAAGUACUGAAUUGCUCAUCAAAGCCAUCAGGCAAGUUAGAUAGAAGAAGAAGAAGGAAAGGAAGAUGCAAGAAAAGGUCAAUGGCGGAUAUUUUAGCAGUUGCAAAGCAUUGUACUUCAGAGGAAAUCUAUAGGAUAAAUCAGUUCUCCUACACUGCAACUGGGAAUAUUAUUGAAGGGUAUUGUCAUGAAACAGCACCUCUUGAGAAUUAUCCUAAAAGCACUGAAGGAGAUGAUCAUGAGGUAGCUAAUUUUGAUGUUAAUGUAACUUGUACAAGCUAGGCACAAUGUCAGUGCCGUACAUUUUCUUCUAUGUGUUUGUAUUGGAAAUCAAUAUAUUGAGCCUUCUGAUUAUCAGUUCUGGUUUUAUUGC